GACUUAAGUUCUUUGCUGGAUUUGGGCCUUAAUACAGGACUGGAUGCCAGGAACGGGCAUCUAGGAGCCAGAAAACAGGCUCUUUUUAAAAAAAAAAAGUUGAGGGCUAAAAGGUCCAGUGUCCUUCAGCAGCAGCUGUGGGAAGUACAAGUUGUGGACUACAAGCUGCGACAUGUUGGGAGAACUUCCUGGUUCUUGCCAAGAAGUACCAUUGCUCUCGAAGCAGGAAGUUUCAGCACAGACUGAAGCUGUGAGAACAAAGCAAGCCAGCAGAGAGGACGCUGCUGGACUGUUAUCCUGUUCUGCGUUUCUUUACAGAACACCUGGGCACAGAUGCCUAUCAGGAGAGACUUGCCCUAGCUUUAUAAGCUAGUCAGUCAUAUACUAACCCAAGUGGGAUCAUGGCCCUAGUCUGGCUGUUCUACUCCCUCGCUGUGCUGCUCCAACUGGCUUUGUCUGUGGACCAUGUACCUAUGCUGCUCUGGUCAACUCACAGCUCACUGUGGAACUCUGAAGCUACUUUACAUGAGGGACACAUUAUCUCAAAGCAGGAGCUGCAUAUGCUACUGCAGCCUGUGUUUACCCAGGAUUCCAAGAACCUUGUCUUGUUCCUUCAAGAUACGCUUAGCAUCGAUGACUUCAUGCAUUGCAGUGAAUCUUAUGAAAAUGAGAAGCCAUUUCACAAUGUUCAGGAACUCCUUGAGUCUUCAUCAUCCUCUUUAGUUUUAUCGGCUGUUGACUGUCAGGCUACCAGUCACCUUUUGGAUUAUCUUCAAGAAUCAAUGGAUUGGAAGCUAACAGACAUAGACGAGUUUGAGGUAUCUAAGCUGGAAGUAGACACAUCCAAGCCCAACAUAUUUGUGGUAAAGCUACAGCCAGUCAGCAGAUUAAAUGAUAUUUCUACAAAGGCUUUCGCUGCAAAUGACAAAAUAAUUGGAAGACUGACUAUGAUUCUGCAAGAACAAGGAAUUCAGUUUUCAGUCAUUUACACUGCAAUGAGACCUUCAAGGAUUCCCAGAAGACCCGAUGUAGUGUUGGAAUCAAGACGGCGACUCAUGGCCACUGAAGCAAAAGUGACAGAUGAAUACUAUCCACUGAAUGUGACCAAUGGAACUAACACAUGCAUCCUCUUUUAUGCCAGUAAUUUCAGCCUCACAGCCAACAAAUCAGUUCAUGUGGAUUUGACAAAUUUAACAUUUGUGUCCCGUAAGGUGGACUUCAGUUCAUCUGUUUGUUCAGCCACCAAUGCAACGUUGUUGUUGAACUAUACUGGGUUAGUGGAUGGAAUCAACAACCUAAAAAUAAGAUUUCUAAUGACCAACAAGUUCUAUGCAGGCUCUGCUCGAAAAUGGUUUACUUUAGAUUCUGUUGAGAUUGCACAUGACAACCAAGUGGUCGCUAGAUUUAAUGUCUCCAUCAUUUCUGCUCCUGCGGAGUAUUCAUUUCAUUGUCAGCUGGUGGGGACCAGCAGUCUCUGUGGUGCAAAGCUGAUUCCAGCCAACAGUGGAGCAAAGAGCUGGGAGGUUUACCUUUCAGAGUUCCAAAUUCAGGGCUUCAAUAUUCAUAAUAACCAGUUUUCCUACGCAAGCGACUGUACAUCUUUCUUCUCCCCUGGAAUCUGGAUGGGCUUGGUGACGUCAAUAGUUUUAUUAUGGAUCCUGACCUAUGGAAUCCACAUGAUCAUGCAGCUCACAACAAACAGUAGAUUUGAUGAUCCCAAAGGCCAAGCUCUGUCAGUUCCUCAAACAGAGUAGCAAUGAAUUGUUUUGACAUUGCUUAAACGUUUCUUAUUAGUAAGAUUACGUUUUUGUCAUGGUUAUUUUUAGUAAAAAUCAGGGACAGGUCACGGGCAAUAAACAAACAUUCACACAAGCCUACGAUCUGUUGGUGACUUUUACUAAAAAUAAGGGGCGGGGGCUGACUGCUGGGGGGAGGGGAGGGACAGACAGCCCAAGCCCACCAUCAGGGGAGGAGGGGGGCUGAAGCUGGAGAAGUCAGAGAGGUUUGUUAAAAUCAUGGAAUCCGUGACCUCCAUGAGUAAAUUAUAUCCUUACUUAUUAGUGAUGUACGAUUUUUAUGUUCUUUCCACUUUAUAGUGAAUGUACCUUAAGCAGUUAGUGUAACAGAAAGGUUUAGUAAAACUCCAACAAAUCUGGACAAUGAAAUCCUUCCUGAGAAAGGGAACCUUACUCCUGGCGACACUGAUAAUUCUGCCAGCUGUUACCCAUUUGUUCACAGUUUUCUGAGUUAGUCUACACUGAGAUUAAAAAGCCACUGGCAUCGAGUCUCAGAGCCCAGGUCAGCUGACUCAGGCUUGCAGGGCUCAGGGUGAGGGGCUAAAAGUUGCAGUGUAGAUGAUUGGGUAGGUGAUUGGACAUGGGGCAGGAUCCCAGGCUCUGAGGCUCUGCAAGGUGGGAAGGUCUCAGCCCAGGCUCCAGCCCAAGCCCCAAUGUCUACACUGCAGUUUUAUAGCCUUAAGAAAAGGAGUACUUGUGGCACCUUAGAGACUAACCAAUUUAUUUGAGCAUGAGCUUUCGUGAGCUACAACUCACUUCAUCGGAUGCACAGCCUUGUAGCCCAAGACCCAUGAGCCCGAGUCAGCUAACCCAGGCAAGCCACGGUUCUUUUAUCCCACUGUACACGUACCCUUAGAGGCUUGAGGUGAAGCCAAUGGCAGUCAUGAUUCUAGCCAGCCAUUAGAAAGAACAGUAAGAACUUCCAGCAGAUUCAUUAUUCUUGGGGAGAGGAGGAGGUUGGGUGCUUGUUUUUUUUUGUUUUUUUUUUUAAAAAGACAUUUCCAUGGUAUUUUAGAGAUAAUCUUAGAAAACAAAGGGUUUAUUGAGAAAUUGUCUAUUGAAACUUCUCAAGUCUCCUUUAAAGUUUUUUCCCUUAAGUAUAGAGAAUAUCACAAAAAAGAUAUUAAUUACGCAAGAGGCAAAAAGGUAAAGUUUUUGAUGACAAUUGACAUAUGUAUUUUAUUUUGGCAGUGUGAGUAACAGCUGGGAAAGUGGUAGAGAUACAUAAAUGAAGUGGAAGCAUGUUUUGAAAAUGUUUACCUUUUAAAAAAAGACAGCAUUAUUCAGACUACCCUUCAGAGAUGGCAGGAGCUUUACAAAAACGCAACUUCUGAAUUAUUGCUAGAAACUAAAGUUAAAUGGGAAUGGAAUAUUUAAAAAUGAAUAUUGGAAACAGAGAUUAAAAUAACGUUACCCUGUCAUCUGCAAAAUAUGCUUUUUGUCAUAUUUGAAGAAAAAAAAUUAGUUUGGGGUUGGUAAAAGCCAAUGAGAGUUUGGUGCCUGAUUCCCAUUUCAAUUUUAAUGGGAUUUGGCUGCCUCAUUCCCUUAAACGCCUUUGAAAAUUCCAGCCUUAAAAGAGACCUGCAAAGGAUUUGUUGAAAAUUGAAAACCUAUUUGUAGGGUUCCAAAAGAGGAAUCUUUCUUGCUGUUGUUCAGAAAUAUGUCAAGCCAUUUAUUGUAGAAAAAUGCAAAUGUGUGUAUCUCUGAGGAUUCCUAGAUAGUCUCUUUGGUUUCAAAAACAGAUCUCUUAGAAGAACCUUCAGCAUAUAGUGAAAAACUGUGGGAUCAUUACAUACAUCGGCAUUACCAAAUGCAGUUAGCACCUGGUUGAAGGUGCAACGUAAUCACUCUAGAUCAAUUGUGUCUUGUUAGCAGACUUCUCCUGAGAAAACCAGACAAGUAUACACUAAAUAAAUAAUAGACUAAGGCCAUGUCUACACUGCACUUUCGUCGUUAAAACUUUCGUAGCUCAGGGGUAUGAAAAAAAACCCUCCCCUGCAUGAUGUAAGUUUUAACGAUGAAAAGCGUCAGUGCGGACUGCGCAUUGUCACUGGGAGACGCCCUCCUGGUGAUGAAGCUACCACCCCUCGUUCGGCUACAUUGCACACCUUGUAAUGGCGUGGCUGCAGCUGUAAGGUGCGCAAUGUAGACAUAACCUAAAUCAAGUGACCUUGGAAAGUUUUUCAAAAUCUAAUGUUAUAUAAUGUUGUAUCACAAUGAAUAGUGGUGGUCUAGGGCUAGUCUUUACUAGAAAAUUAGAUCGUGUUAGAAUGCCAACCUUGAAUGUUAAACUCAACACAAUGUUAAACUCAACCUUGCAGUCAGUGUAGACAGUACCAGUUAUGUUUAACAUUGACUCAGCUGGCUGCAAGUAACUUCCUUAACAUUCUCCCUUUUGAGCUAUCAAGUUGUAGCAUUGCAGUGACUAUGAAAAUGAGAUAACAUUAUGUUAAUGCUGUAGUUUGUCUACAUGAGGAGGCUCUUGUGAAGUAAGCUGGGGUGUGAAUUUAAAGCCCAAGAGCUAUUCUACACUAGCUCCUCUGUUGACACUCUUAAACCAAAUUGAGUACCUUUUAGUGAGUUCACUUAAUCCACUUCCAAAAUAUGUGUUCAGAAGCCUGAACACAUUAAGACUGAGCUGAAUGCUUGUACAAUUCAUAAAGAUAUUGUGCCUUCUCUCCAGGUGUGGUAAAUGAAGGGGGUGGGGGUAGCUCCCUUUUAUGGACCCAGCGAGCCAGUUAGCUAUAAAAUUCCUCUUAAUAGCUGUUCUCUACUUGCUUUACCUGUAAAGGGUUAAAAGUCUCACUGCGAUGCAUAGGUAAAAGGAAGUGAGUGGGCACCUGGCCAAAAGAGCCAAUGGGAAGGCUAGAACUUUUUAAAAUUGAAACAAGACUUCCCUUUUGUCUGUCUGUUGUUCUCAGGGAGAAGCAGACACAGAGCAACUAUGCUAUAAGAAACUUGGGGCCAGGUAUGAAAAAUCAUCGGUAUCAUAUCUAGAAACUACUCAUUUAAAAUCCCAGAUAUGUAAGUAGAUUAGGAAAUGUCUAGGAAGAUGCGAUUAGGUUUAUCUCUUUUUAUUUCUUUAUGGCUUGUGGACUCCUCUGUACUAACCCCAAAUCAUAGAAUAUCAGGGUUGGAAGGGACCUCAGGAGGUCAUCUAGUCCAACCCCCUGCUCAAACCAGGACCAAUGCUUUUGUUUUGCUUGUAACCUUUAAGUUGGACCUCAAGAACAUUAUUCUUGAUGCUUAAUCCUUAUAAGUGUUUUUUUUUAAAUCUAGCAAUAGCCUGAGUUUCCAGAUGUAUUUUCUUUCUUUUUGCUUUUAAUAAAAUUUACCUUUUUUAAGAACAGGAUUGGAUUUUUGUGUCCUAAGAGAUCUGUGCACAUGUUGCUUAAUUAGCUGGUGGCAACAGCUGAUUUCCUUUGUUUUUCUUUCUCAGCUCUUCCCCAGAGGGGUGAGGGUGAAAGGACUUGAAGGUACCCCACAGGAAGGAAUUCCCAAGUGCACCUUCCUGGGUUCUCAAAGGGGUUUUGCACUUGGGUGGUGGCAGCAUCUACCCAUCCAAGGUCAGAGUAAAGCUGGAACCUUGGGAGUUUAAUACAAGCCUGGAGUGGCCAGUAUUAAUUUUUAGAAUCCUUGCGGCCCCCACUUCCUGCACUCAAAGUGCCAGAGUGGGGAAUCAGCCUUGACAGCAGGCAACCUGACUACUGAGUACAUUGCUAAAUAUUACAAAAGCCACUUGUCUUCAGUGAGAACUAAUUCCAUGGAAAGUUUGAUGUCUGAAUGCAUAACAUUUUUAAUACUCACAUCAUACUCUAAAACAGAACAACUAAUUUUGUUGUAACUUUCCACAGAAAUAUUCGUUUUUGGUCUUAGAAUAAACAUGGAAAAUUUGCAAUAAAGAAUUUUUUAAAGAAAGUUAUGAUGGUAAAAAUAAAUUAGCGCAUUAAUACUUUCAUUCUUUUGUGGUGGUUUUGAUAUCACUUGUGUAACAGAGAAUGCUGAUCCCCUGUCAUGUGAUAGGAAUCUAAACUUUUGUAACCCUGGCCUAUGUCAGAUGACAGGAGCCAGGAAAUAAAGAACAGUCUCUUACUAGCAA